AAAAUCUUUGUCUUAUAAAAAAAACCGAAAGAGCAAGAAAGUGGAGAAAACGAGUAAAAGCCGCCAAUAAAUAGCCAAGGCGUUGAAUAUAUUCUCCUAUACAUAAAACGAAAACCAAACACGGUACUAAAAUUAUUCCGAAGGUUUCAAUUUCUUGAUUUUUGUAAAAAUUAGGGUUUCGAUUGGUGAAAUUAGGGUUAGAUAAUCAUGUUAGAACAAUUACUGAUCUUUACGAGAGGAGGAUUAAUCCUGUGGACCUGUAACGAGCUUAGUAAUGCUCUAAAAGGUUCGCCGAUUGAUACUUUGAUUCGAUCGUGUCUUUUGGAAGAACGAUCAGGGUUAGCUUCGUACAAUUACGAUGCACCUGGUGCAUCUUACACACUUAGAUGGACUUUCCACAAUGAAUUAGGUUUGGUAUUUGUUGCUGUGUAUCAAAAGAUUCUUCAUUUGCUGUAUGUGGAUGAUUUGCUUUCGAUGGUUAAGCGCGAAUUUUCAGUUGUUUAUGAUCCGAGUAAGACGGAAUAUGGGGACUUUAAUGAUGUUUAUAGGCAACUUAGAUUGGAGGCUGAGGCUAGAGCUGAGGAACUUAAGAAAUCGUCGAAAUUAGGGUCUAGGAUUGUUAAUAAGAAUCAGGAACAGGGGCAGAAGACGAAAUUUGAUCAGGGUGGUAAGAGGAUUGGUGGUGGGAAUUUGAAGAGUGAUAGUGGGGAUGGUGAUUUAGGGAAAGGAAAUAAGUUGGAAAAUGGUCAUGUAAAUGGGGGUACCCUUGUUGAGGAUGUUAAACAGCGGGGUGGUGUAAAUGAUAAAGAGAAUUUGAGCUCGAAUAAUGGAGCGUUUGAUGUAAAUAAGCUUCAAAAGUUACGAUCAAAGGGUGUGAAGAAGAAUGAUACUGUUGUUGCUACCAAGGGUUCCAAGGCUGAUCUUAAGAAGAAGGUCACGAAAAAGAAUAGAGUGUGGGAUGAUUCACCUAAAGAGGUGAAGUUGGAUUAUACUGAUCCUGUGACUGAAAACGGGGAUGAACAUGUAAAUUAUGCUGCGGCUAAUGAGGGUGAGAGUAUGAUGGACAAAGAAGAAGUUUUCAGUAGUGACAGUGAGAAUGAAGAAGAGGAGCAAGUUGGAGAUGGUGCUAAAGCAGGAACAAAGUCAAAGGGAUGGUUUUCUUCAAUGUUUCAGAGUAUUGCAGGCAAGGCUAAUUUGGAGAGGGCUGAUCUUGCACCAGCCUUGAAAGGUCUGAAGGAUAGGCUUAUGACAAAGAAUGUGGCUGAGGAGAUAGCAGAGAAACUUUGUGAAUCAGUUGCGACAAGCCUGGAAGGUAAAAAGCUAGGUUCGUUUACGAGGAUUUCAUCAACUGUGCAGGCUGCUAUGGAAGAUGCCCUUGUUCGCAUCCUUACUCCUAAACGUUCUAUUGACAUACUAAGGGAUGUUCAUGCUGCUAAAGAACAAGGGAAGCCAUAUGUUGUUGUGUUUGUAGGUGUUAAUGGAGUUGGAAAAUCCACCAAUCUUGCAAAGGUUGCAUAUUGGCUAUUGCAACACAAAGCUAGUGUCAUGAUGGCUGCCUGUGAUACAUUUCGUUCUGGUGCUGUUGAGCAGCUUCGCACUCAUGCACGCAGGCUUCAGAUUCCAAUCUUUGAGAAAGGUUAUGAGAAGGAUCCUGCUGUCGUGGCAAAAGAAGCAAUUCAAGAGGCCACCCGAACUGGUUCUGAUGUCGUUCUCGUUGAUACAGCUGGUAGAAUGCAGGACAAUGAGCCCUUGAUGCGUGCACUUUCAAAGCUUAUUAACCUGAACAAUCCAGAUCUUGUCCUUUUCGUUGGUGAAGCUCUUGUUGGUAAUGAUGCUGUAGAUCAACUUUCAAAAUUUAAUCAGAAACUUGCUGAUCUUUCGACCUCACCUAAUCCAAGAUUGAUAGAUGGCAUCCUCCUUACCAAGUUCGACACCAUUGAUGAUAAGGUUGGAGCUGCGUUGUCUAUGGUAUACAUAUCGGGGGCACCGGUCAUGUUUGUCGGUUGUGGACAGUCGUACACAGACUUGAAGAAACUCAAUGUGAAGUCCAUUGUCAAGACGCUCCUUAAGUGAAGAAGAAAGACAUUUGUAAUAUGUUAUGUUUCUGUCAUCCUGAAUACUUCCAUGAUAUUGUCAUCUCAAUUCUCAAGACUUUCACUAGUCAUCCCCGAACGUGUAAUUUGGAACUUGGACGUCAUCUUUUCUUGUGAUUCUUAAUGUACCUUUUCUUUUACAA